AUGAUUCAUUUCUUUUUAACAUUCAAUAGACAAGGUAAAAUGAGGUUGUCAAGAUGGUACUCUACCUAUUCACCGAAAGAGAAGAGUAGAUUCACAAAGGAGAUCGCUGGUCAAGUACUGAGAAGACGUGAAAAAGAUUAUAACAAUGAUAAUGAACUAAUCACAUUGGAGCUAAUUCAUCGUUAUGUUGUAAUAUUAGAUAUGGUAUUUGAAAAUAUAUGUGAAAUGGAUUUAAUCUAUGAAUUUGAAAAGGCAUAUUGUUUGUUGGAUGAAUAUAUAUUGGGUGGUGAAAUGCAAGAAUCUGGUUUAUUAGAGGUGGUAAAUUCAUUAACUGGUGGCGAGAAAUGGGAAAAGGCUAUAAAUUAA